CCCCGCCGCCAAGAAACAUCCAUGAUCCAUCUCUGUAACAAACACACACGGGAAAUCAUCAAUCAGACAUGAGAUUUUCCUACGAAUCUCUGCCGCCUGCAGACAAAAUCCUAACGGCGGCAGCCUCCGCCGCGGCCUCAGCCAUCCUCCUUAAAUCCAUCGCCAGCGACCUCAUUCCCCAGAAGAUCCAAACCUACCUAUCCUCAUCCCUCGCCAAGCUCUCGCGCCAGCUCACCGUCGUCGUCGACGAAUUCGACAGCCUCACUUCCAACCAAAUGUUCGACGCCGCCACCGUCUACCUCGCCGCCAAAAUCUCCCGCGCCACCACAAGGAUCAAAGUGAACAAGCCCCCAAAACAGCCGGACCUCGCCGUCACCGUCGACAAAAACCAAGAGAUCGUCGACGUCCACACCGGCAUCCAGUUCAAAUGGACUCUGCAGUCCUCCACCGCUGUCACGAAGACCGCCAAAAACGAGUCUUCCCGAUCGGAGCUGAGAUACUUCGAGCUCAGUUUCAACCGGAAACACAGAGACUAUGUGCUGGAGGUAUACUUGCCCUACAUUUUGGCGAGAGCCAAGGAGAUGAAGGAGGAGGCAAAGACUGUUAGACUGCACACGGUUGAUUACAACGGAACUGAUUACUGGAGCUCGGUGGUUCUGAACCAUCCGGCCACGUUCGAGACCAUGGCAAUGGAGGCUGAGACGAAGAAGGGGCUGAUGGAGGAUCUGGAUAGGUUUGUGAGCAGGAAGGAUUACUACAGGAGGAUUGGGAAGGCUUGGAAACGAGGAUACCUGUUGUACGGCCCUCCGGGGACCGGGAAGUCGAGCUUGGUCGCAGCCAUGGCUAAUUACCUCAAGUUUGAUGUUUAUGACUUGGAUUUGAGGGAGGUUCAAUGCAACUCCGAUUUGAGGAGGCUCUUGAUUGGCUCCUCCAAUCGUUCCAUACUUGUCAUUGAGGACAUUGACUGCAAUGUCGGAUUGCAAAACAGGGAAACAGAUACCUCAGCAGCUCAGGAAGACAAGAUAACCUUAUCUGGGCUGCUGAACUUCAUUGAUGGGCUGUGGUCGAGUUGUGGGGAUGAGAAGAUCAUAGUCUUCACCACCAAUCACAGGGACAGGCUGGAUCCGGCGCUGCUCCGACCGGGGCGAAUGGAUGUGCACUUGGAGAUGUCUUACUGCACAUUCAGUGGCUUCAAGAUACUAGCUUCCACCUAUCUGAGGAUUGACGACCACUCGUUCUUUCCGGUGAUCGGAGAGCUGCUUGAGGAAGUUGAGGCGACGCCAGCUGAAGUUGCUGGAGAGCUCAUCAAGAGUGAGGAUGCUGAUAUUGCACUACCAGCCUUAGUUCAUUUCCUCAAGGACAAGGACAUUAAGAGAUCAUUUUAGUAACCAUUUUGGAUACUUUUACACAUGAUAUUCCAGUUAAGUUUUGUCCAUUUA